AGGUAAACGCUCUUUAGGGAGAGGAGUCAAACAGAAAGUGUGAGUAAGACAGUUGGCUGGAAUAGGUCUCCAUAUCUUCUGCUGUUCUUGCAUUUAAUAGACAAACAUUCAGUUCUUUUAGUGACAUCAGGCAUGAGUCAUAAUUCAGUACAUUGCAGCUUGUUUGAUAAGUUUUCAAGAGCACCAAAGGAGUUUGAUCUGCCUGACUGAACCUACCACUCCUUAUACAAAGGAGCUUCUGUCUCUGUCUGCUCGGCUGCAGGUAGAUCACCGCGCUCAGCUGGCGGAGGUGAAGCGGAAGCGACAUGGUUGUUCUGGAAUCAGCCUGUUGGACGUUUCCCUUUUUUUGCUGAAACAUCAGCGCUCAAGGGCUAAAAGAUGCGCCCAAGCUGAUGCCUUCCCAGUGCCUCUGUGCCCCUCCUUGUGCCUCUGUGGUGGCCGGUAGAGAUGGCAGUGUGUCCGGAUGUGCUGCCCAUACUGAGACUUGUGGUCGGUAGUGUAAUGCUGCUGCUGCUCAACAGUAAUGCAGUGUGGGGAAAUUACACCCUGGUUAAAUCUGAAACCCACUCAAAUAACACUGGGCCCAACAUAGCAGCCAUUGUAGCCCCAACUGUGACCUUGGGAGUUCUUGCCAUAGUUCUGGGUGUUGUAGGAUGGUUGUUCUGUGUGUUGAAGAAGAAGAGGCAGACUGAAGGUACUUACAGGCCCAGUGCAGAGGAGCAGUCUGGGGCCAAAGGUGUAGUAGCUCCGGACACACUGAAGCUACCCAAAGAGGAGAGACUCAUUUGACAUUUCAUUGGACACAACAGGUUUAGAUCCUCUAGAAAAGACUCCAAAAGACUCAGUGGUUUCAGAAAGUGCCUUUGUGAGCCAGCUGAAGAAGAGGUAUUUCUGUUUCAUCUCAUUUCAAGGUCUAAACGUGCCUGGACAUUUGAACAAACAAGCAAGUCAAGAUAUGAAUUAAGAUGUUUUUGGUACAAAUGAACACAUUUCAGUAUUUUGUUAGCUAGAUGUGAUUUAUUUUUUCUCUAUGUUUACAAUGUCCCUGUACCUGUUUCUCUGCUUUAAGGACUCCUUGCUAUAUAAUUACCUCACUUUCUUGAAUAAUUUACUACUGAGUCUAAUGCAUCGUAUGAUGUAAAAUGUUGAUUGUAGAUAUGGACUUCAUUUAAAAUGAGGACACACUGAAUAAUUGAAGACAAGCAAUUGUUUACACUUCAAGUAUUGUUUCCACACAUUUCUAUUUGAUAAGGUUAUUUAUCUGAUUAGCUCUGCA